AUUCCGAAGACAGCCGAAUUGUUGAGUUCUGUUUAAUUCGGGAUGUGUCAUGUAAGGUUAAGGCGUUUGUUUUGGUGUCUCUUUCGUCAGUAACCUUAUUGGGUCGUUUCGUGUAAAUAUGUAGUAACUAGUUGUCAGUAUUGCUGUUUAGAAUAAACUAAACCGCUAAAUCGUGAACAUCGAAUGGGGGAUUAUAUGUGAACUUUGUAGUUUGGAAUUUUUAAAAAGACGAUGGAGAAUGAUGAAUAUGUUGAUAGUAGUUCAGCUUCAGGUAUUAGAUUGUUUUGUUGAAAGUUCUGUAUCUUUCUUUGUCUAUAUUUGGUUUCACCUGUAGUUUUAUUAAAUAACGCUACAACUGAAGAUGGGAACAUUUUGGAGUAACAUCAGAGGACAAAUGGCCAGAUUGUUACGUGGAAAUCAAAAUGUUGGAGAUGGACCGCCAAGUACCUCACCUAGCAGUAGUGUUGACAGUGCCAAUUUGGAAGGAGAAGCCCUUCCAAUUGAAUUUGACACUGCUCUGCCAGUUGAACAUAAUUAUUUGGGUGAAAACCUGGAAGAGCUGAGAGGACGCACAGUUCUUGAUGAUGGUUCCUUCCAACUUCUCCCUUUGCUGCCACAACCUGGUGUUGUUUUAGUCCCCGGACAGACUCUUCCACUUAUGGUGUUUUAUCCUCCAACAGUCAGUAUGCUUCGCAAAAUAAUCUCGACAAACGGAACAUUCGGAGUAAUUUGCGUGAGGUACUUCGAGGCAUCUAACCCAAAAAUGGCGAACGUUGGAACAACGGCAGAGAUCUACGAAUAUCGAGAUGAAGAGGAUCUUGCUGGGUUUCGUAUCAAAGCCAAAGGACGCCAGAGAUUCCGUGUCAUGGAGUCACAGCGACAAGUUGAUGGAAACGUAACCGCUACAGUGAAGAUAUUGCCUGAAGUUAUCCUUCCUGACUCACUGCAUGGUGUUCGAGACAGAUCUUUGGAUCGCUAUAGGAGUGAACAAGUUAAUUUAUCAAGAUCAGUUUCAACAGCUAAUGGAAUCCGUUUACGAAGACAACAGGCCAUUUCACGAAGAGAUUCAAUGAUGACUGUGUGGCCUCACUGGGUGCACAACCAAUAUAAUGCCACCACACUUUCCUGCCGAGUCAAAGUACAUCUGUCUUAUCUGAAACUUGGCAGUACUGCGGCAAGGCUACAGUUGCCAGAGGAUCCUACUGAAUUAUCGUACUGGGUGGCUCAGGCAAUGCCUUUGCUUGAUGAGCAAAGACUAUCCUUGCUCCAGAUAAACUCCCCAAUUCAGCGCCUCCGUUGGGAACUUUGUGUUUUGGAGAAGUGCCAGAUGCUGUGUUGCCGCGAUUGUGAUGCUGAAGUGGCAGAUCCUCGAGAGACAUUUUCAAUGUCAGUUGAAGGUCCCCAGGGGACAUACGUGAAUCCUGGAGGAUUUGUACAUGAGACUUUAACACUUCACAAGGCAGAAGGACUUCGAUGCCUUAAUGAAGACCCAUCUACAGAAUACUCCUGGUUUCCAGGGUAUGCAUGGACAAUCGCUGAGUGCCGUUACUGUCACAAGCAUAUGGGAUGGAAGUUCACAGCCAUCCACAGGCUAAUGAAACCUCAAAAGUUCUGGGGUGUGUGUCGAAGAUCAAUUGUGACAAAACUUGUUACAGAAGAGGAUUUGGAACCUGUGCUCUGAAGCACAAGUGUUUUAUGCUGAAUUGAUUCAGAGGGAAUCAAUACAAGUGGUUGUGAGACGAAAUGUUGCUGGAGAGGAUCCUCAAAUAAGACUGUGACAUGUAAAUAAGCAUUCAUUACCUUUAUUAAAUGAUCUGUACCUGGUUAAAGUAGAGAUUAAACUGAAAUUUUCUUUGAUGUGUA